AUGCCCACAUACCAAGUUUACGAGUUUCACCCACUUAGCUGGGAGUCUGACUCGGUGGACGAAUACUUCAAGUUGUCUACUCUGGAUUACUGCGUAGGCCAGGUGUAUAACAACUAUGCCCUUUUCUUCAAGCUCUCGGACCCGGACAUUAACAAGACCAAAAUCAUCAGCCUCCUGAAGCGUGGCCUUGAAGUGACUCUCAGCCAGUGCCGCCAGCUCUGCGGCGUGAUCGAGGAGCAUCCCGAUGGCGGCUUAUGUUUUCACAAGAAACGAGACAGCACCGUCCAGUUCCACGUGCGAUAUCUGGAUGGCCCUGAAGAUGAAGGCGAGUAUCCAUCGUUCCAAGAGCUCGAGCAGCGCCACUUCGCCUCGCAAGCACUGGGCAAUCUGGAUACCUGGUGUGUGGCACCCAUGACGUACGGCGAGAAGCCCGAAGCAGAGCCCACAAACAAGCCCAAGGUUGCCGCCUUCAAGGCGACCUUCAUCCGCGGCGGCCUUGUCUUUAUGAUGCACCAUCACCACUAUGCGAAUGACGUGAUGGGGUGGGCCGGAGAGCUUCACCAGUUGGCCGACAAUUGCGCUGCUCUUUGGAGAACAUCAGCAGGAAAGCCCGACAUCUCGGAAGUUGCAGGGGCAAAUCUUCCACCCUGGGACCCGAGUUGCCUGGACCUCUCAAGACUCACCAAGCCCGAUCCCCCGGAGGACCAACGUGUUGAUGGACCUACGCCGCCCUUGCGGCACCCAGAUCGCAGGAUAGGUCAAUGGCUAUUGUUCCAUCUUCCCAAAAGCAAGGCGGCUGAAUUGAAGAAGCUGGCGAGCCCUGCUGAUGGGAGGUAUUGGAUAUCGAGCUACGAUGCCUUCACCGCGUAUAUCUGGCGGAUCCUUUCUGAGCACAGGGCCAAGCUGUUCAAACCAGAUCCUGAACAACAGCUAUUUUGGGGUGAGGCUGUCGAUAUGCGGAGACGAUUCCAUGACCCGCCUGUUCCGCGACGGAUUCAGGGGAAUGUUGUUGGCUUAGGGAUGAGCACCCAGACUCCCGUGCCCCAGCGUACCGCAAAGGAGGUCAUCUCGGAAGCUCCUCUUUCAAAACUAGCUUGGUACAUACGCCAAAUCACAAACAACAUGACACAGGAGGCCCUAGACGAGAUGCUCUCCGCCAUCGCCCCGGUGCGGGACAAGACGAGCCUCUUCCUCCGUACCGAUAGCUUCCCGCCAAUGAGCAACGUGACGACCGACUGGCGCGACUCGCAACCCUGUGAGGCUGACUUCGGUUUCGCCAAGCCAUAUGCCCUCCGGAUACCCUUCAAUACGGUUACGGCUGGCCUAACCGUCGUGUUUCCGGUGCGGAGCAACGGGGCCCCGGCUGGCGACGAUGAGGGUAAUGAGUUCGCCACCGGCUUCGAGAAGGAACUCACGCAGGACUUGAUUGCCGACCCCGAGUGGAACAGGUAUUUCGAGUUCCGGGGUGUCGAUGCUGAAGAUGAGCCGAGGGAAUAG